UCGGUGUAAACAAGUCAAGGCGGCUGCGAACCCGGGCCGGGGGGGACGGCGCCCACCAGGAGCGCCCCCCACUCCCAGGCCAGGCCACCCCGGCGGACUGGGCCCCCGCGCGCCCAGGCGAGGUGAGGCCCGCAUCAUCAGGGCUGCGCGUCGCCCCGCGCCCCCGCCCCGCCAGCGAGGACUGCCCCUUCCCCCGGCGCCCGCCCCCAACCCCCGUGCCCCAGGUGAGCCCCGGGGUCUCAGGUAAGGCUCCGCGAUGCAGGUAAGAUCCCUUCGGCGUAGAUAAGGCCUCAGCUCCCCCAGGUAAGAGCCCCUCCCCUCCUAGGUGACCCUGCACCUUCAGCGAGGCCUCCUGCCUCCUCCAGGUGAGGGACCCUCUCCCCAGAUGAACUCCCUGCACCUCAGGUGAAGCCCCAGGCGCAGUCCAGAUGAGGUCCUAAGGACCAACCAAUUCCUAACCCCCCCAUGCUCCUCCUAAACUGGGAACUGACAGUCCAUCCACUCUAAAACUCCUUCCUCCAGCUUCAGCUGCCAGGUCAGCAGGGGUGAAGCUGGAAGCAGGUGGGUGACUCACCCUGGGCUCCUCCUAGCCUCAGUUUCUCCACUGAUGCAACCUGAGGCCUCCUCACUGAGUCAAAACUGAAAUGACUCUAGUCCCUAGAGAGGCUGUUGGCUCUGGGGAAAGUAGAGAGCAGCCAAGUGUGACAGAGAGAGUCCCUAUCACUCUGGGAGUGCCUGCAUGUGUGUGGUCCAGGUCCUCACAGCCCACCUACUCCCUCCCUGGCAGGCACUGGGCUCCCUCUGCUCCCCGUGGGCCGCUCCCCGCGUGGGGCCACUGCCCCCGGCCCCCGCCAUGGUGCGGAUUUCAAAGCCCAAGACGUUUCAGGCCUACUUGGAUGAUUGUCACCGGAGGUAUAGCUGUGCCCACUGCCGCGCUCACCUGGCCAACCACGACGACCUCAUCUCCAAGUCCUUCCAGGGCAGUCAGGGGCGUGCCUACCUCUUCAACUCCGUGGUGAACGUGGGCUGCGGGCCAGCCGAGGAGCGGGUGCUGCUGACAGGCCUCCAUGCUGUCGCUGACAUCCACUGUGAGAACUGCAAGACCACUUUGGGCUGGAAAUAUGAACAGGCCUUUGAAAGCAGCCAGAAGUACAAAGAGGGGAAGUACAUCAUUGAACUCAACCACAUGAUCAAAGACAACGGCUGGGACUGACCCCUGCUCCUGGCGCAUGUGGCUCCAGCCCGGCCUGGCCGCCAGGGGGCGCCACUGGCCUCCCUCUGCCCGAAGGGAGCUCUGAACCUUCAGGGCCCCUGUGGAGGAAGGACCCAGCUCCUGUACAUAUAUUUUAUUGCAUGCACUGUGACCUUGGGGGGAGAUCAGAAGGGGGACGACACCCCCGCACCUCCCUGCGAUCUGGCUGGCUUGGAUCUCAUUUUUAACCCGUCCCUGUCCCGCCUGCCCUAUAGAUAAUGGCCUGUGUGCUGCUCUCUUGGCCCCAGUGCACCGUCUGCUCUGUGAACUUCUCCCACCAGGCCCCUCUUACCCCACGCGUGUCUGUUCCCCUUGUUCUGUAGCGUUUGUACAUAAUAAAACAAUGGAGUGGAGACA